AUGGUAUACAACUUAAAGUAUAUAUAUGCAGCUCAGCUCUGCUGGAGGCACACGGCAAGUACGUUCCUCCCAACCGAUUGCUUCCUUAUCCAGUCAAGAAGACCACAAAGUUCAACAAUGGCCAUCACUGACAUCCUUUCUGCUAAAGAUAUUGAAUCUGCUCUCUCCAGCUGCCAGGCUGAUGAUUCCUUCAACUAUAAGUCUUUCUUCUCCAUGGUUGGUUUAUCCAGCAAAAGUCCUGAUCAGAUAAAGAAAGUUUUUGGAAUCCUUGAUCAGGACAAGAGUGGUUUCAUCGAAGAAGAGGAGCUUCAGCUGUUUCUGAAGAAUUUCUCUUCAAAUGCCAGAGCCCUCACCUCUGCAGAGACCAAGGCUUUUCUGGCUGCAGGUGACAGCGAUGGUGAUGGCAAAAUUGGAGUGGAAGAAUUCCAGUCUCUGGUGAAGGCAUAA